AUGAACGCAUAUUCGUUUGAUGGUGCUGUGAUUGCCGGUUUGCUCGUAAUUUGCACUUGUGCUUAUCUAAAGAGAGUGCCGCGCAUUAACGCAUGGCUCCUUAAUGAAAAAAAAGGAUUCUUUGGUAUAUUUUAUAAAGCAGCAGUUAUCGGAAUUCGUUUGCACUUCUUAGUUUCGCUUUCUUGUUUGUUUUCUGCUGGAUACGUUUUAUUUGCCAGAUAA